UAGACGUUCACUCUGUACAUUAAGUUUAAUGGUUCUAUCAACGGCUUCAUAUGACAGGAAAUGAUCUGGGCGUUUUGUUCACUUAUUCUGGAUGCCCUUAGUUUCAGAGAGCAACUGGUAACAUGGAUUGCACCUCGGAAGGGGACAGCUGAACUCUCCCUCUGGCUUUAGUGAGGAAAGAGCAGCGAUGAAAUCCGUGGAGUGUGUGCACGUCAUCCAACAGAAGGAUACCGCCUCCUCUCCCUCUGCCCCCCCUGGUGCUGCUUCAGGCACCACGGGACUUUUUUCUGUCACAUUCCUGUGGCUUGCAAUGCUCCUGUCCUCUUGUCUUGCAGCAGUGUCUCUUUACCAUGUUAUCACCCUGAAAACAGAACUGGAAGCUCUGCGCAACGAGCUGAUCUACAGGGUCCAGGCAAGGUCUCUGCUAGACCGGCCACCCGUGUCCCCUGACGAAAAUAAAGCAGGUACCCCUGUUUCUUCCUUCCUGCAAGUGUCUGCAGCUGGCGCCAGGCAGGAGAACAGGCUUCCUGGUCCUGGCCCAGCUGAAAGCUUCCAAAAGGAAAUCUGGAACGGGAGCAGAAACAGGGGGAGAAGGUCUAUUGUCCACACAGAAGAAACAGUGCUGCAGGCCUGCUUGCAACUGAUUGCUGACAGCAAAAGCGAUAUCCAACAGAAAGAUGAUUCAAGCAUUGUCCCUUGGCUUCUGAGCUUUAAACGUGGAACAGCUCUGGAAGAACAAGGAAAUAAAAUAGUGAUCAAAGAAACAGGAUAUUUUUUCAUAUAUGGUCAGGUUUUAUACACAGAUACAACAUUUGCUAUGGGACACCUAAUACAGAGGAAGAAGGCCCAUGUGUUUGGUGAUGAUCUCAGCUUGGUGACAUUGUUUCGUUGCAUCCAAAAUAUGCCACAGUCUUAUCCGAAUAAUUCUUGCUAUACUGCUGGCAUUGCAAAAUUAGAAGAAGGGGAUGAACUUCAACUUACAAUACCACGAAGAAGGGCCAAAAUAUCCUUGGAUGGAGAUGGUACUUUUUUUGGUGCAGUUAGACUCCUCUGAAGCCCUUCAUUUAUGUUGUUAUGCUUAAUGUGGUUUUCUUCGUUUCCUACGCCUUUGUCAAAAAAAAAAAAUUGAAUUAUAAUAAAGCUGCCAAUUCAGUCUCUCCCCAUCCACCACUAGCUUCUGAGAAUUUUUCUUCAGUUUAAUAAGCAAACCCAAAACAGGAAACACACUAGAUAUACUUGUGAGAUAUAACCAUCAUGUGAUUACCAGAAAGACAAUUUAUUUUAGACAAUAGGAGACUCUAAAUAACAACUGUAAAGCAAUAGCUUUUUGGCCUUGAAAUAAUUUCUUGUCCAUAAGACAAAUCAAAGAAGGACUUGACCAUAAAGUAUAGCAUAAACAGGACCAUUGACUAUCAAAUUCUUAUCCAUAAUUGAAAAGGAAAACUAAAACACAAGUACAUGUUAGAUUUGCUUUUUUUUUCCAUCAGUAAAAUAUUUGAAGUAUAAAGUAUGGGAAAGAAACAUCAAACAGUAGAUUUCUCAUCACAAAAUGGAGGUGUCAGGUGGAUUCUGUUUUUUCGGUUUUGGUUUUGUUUUGUUUUGUUUUGUCUAAAUGUAUGGGAUAAUGAAAGCAAACUCCUCAGAAAUAUACAGAAUAGUAGCCACUGGCUUGCUUCUUCCCUGUGAACAAAGGGUGUAUAAAUUACUAAGAUCUAUUAGUAUUUACUAAUUUGAAUUAGUUUUACUGGAAAAUGGACAUACAUGUAAGAUGCUUCAACAGCUCAAUCUUCAAAGCAUUGUUACUCAUCAAGGAAUACGUGUAUACUUCUAUGUAAGCAAGGCAGGGAUAGAAGGAAACAUGGUGAGAUUAGACACAAUGCAAUAGGUGGAAUUGGAUUUCUGGCUUCAUAAUUUCUGCAGUCAUAUAUAGGUGUUGUGUAUAUAUAUGUAUAUAUGUGAAAGUAUGCACAUACACAUAUAUAAGCCUUUGACAUUUGGGCAUAGGAUUUUAUCUUCUUUUGAAUAGUUUAUCCAAUGGAAAUAUUACUGCAUAUAUAUUAUUUGUAUUUCUCUUGCUUUUUGCUAUGAUCCAUUCUAAGCAAUAUAGUAAUAAGAAAAAUCCAAUAAAUCUGGAACCAGCCAUACAACUAAGAAAAUACAUUUGUAUCCCAGAAAUCUGGUCUUAAUCCCUAGGUUAACUGUAGGCUUUUUCUGCAGUUUUGAACUCUGUUUUACAAAAAAAAAAAAUCAGACCUGUAGAAAGACUGAACAGAGGUCUCUCUUUGUUUUCUUUUGUCUGCCUGCUUUUUUCAGUAGGUAAGAUUUAUGUCUUUUCUGCCCCAAGAAUCCAUGUGUAUUGCAUGGUCAAGGUAAUAGCAUGGUAAUAGCGUGGUAAAAAUGUGGUCAAGACUUCUAGGAACUAUUGUGAGACAAACAUUGAAUACUUAUUCCACUGAUCUUCAAAGAAGUAUUGAAGUGCUACUAGAAUAGAAAAAAUAAUAAAACCCACUGUAAUGAACUGUACGCCAUUUGAAAAUAUUUUUUAGGGGUUGAGAAUUGUGUCAUAUAAACUCAUUUAGUAAAGAAAAGAUGCUUUGUAUAUUGCAGUCUUCUCGUCUGUUUUUAUAAA